GGACCCAGCAGAAUACCUAGACACCUGUCUUUACCUGUACUGUACUCUACCAUCUAAAGAGAGGGAGAAUGCAGUGUGUGACACACUAGCUAGCUACGUCCGUGAAUGUACACAGCAACACAUCCCUAUAAUCUGGAGGACAGCCACACUUUGUGGUAAAGAAUAAGACCCUUAAUAUCUGCCAUUUGACUGUUAUUUUAGAAGCACAGCAAUCUUUCUAAACUAACAACUGUCUCUUGAUCAUUGUUUCAGAUCGCGUCUGUCCUCGAGGUCUAGUCUUUUCAGACUGUGUGUCCUCCUGUCCCCCUAGCUGUACCUCCCUCCAGCCCCUUGGCUUUGCUAAAGGAAUGGGGCAGUGCAGAGAGGAGUGUGUAGGGGGCUGUGAGUGUCCUCCAGACCUCUAUGUUCACCAGGAUGUCUGCAUCAAAAGAGAUGAGUGUCCAUGUCUUUAUCGCAGGCACACUUACCAGCCUGGGGACACGAUACAGCGGAGAUGCAAUACCUGUGUGUGUAGGGCAGGUGAAUGGAAAUGCACCGCUGAGAAGUGUGCAGGUCUGUGUACUCUGGUAGGGGCCUUACAAGUCACCACUUUUGACAAAAAGCGGUACUCACUUCAAGGAGGAGACUGUCCAUUUAUUGCUGUGGAGGACUAUGUGGACAGAAAGCUGGUGGUGAGUGUACGAUGUGGGGGAUGCAGACAAGGUGAAGGUGGACAGGAAAAGAGCUGUCUAAGAGAGAUAUCUGUCUCAGUCCUGCGUACUACAGUCACCGUCACAGACACUGGUGAGGGACUUAACCAAUCAUCAGUCAUUUCAACAUUUUUGAUAAUUUGUGUAAGUUGGGGAAGUUCUUUUAGAUGGAAGAAUGAAACUGACACCAACUGACAUCUGACAGCUUUAUUCUCAAAUCUUGUAAUGCUUGCAUGCAGAACUGCUCUUUUUCAAAAAUACUCUGUCCCCUAUUCCUCUUUGUUUCUGCACUCAGAUUUUAUGCUUCUUGCACAAAUAGUUUCUUCAAGCAUGCAAAAUUUCUCUCUGUCUUUCAUCUCAGCUCUCAAAUUGUUUUUGCACUUGUUCUCAAAUCUUGGAUCAUUAUCUCCUAGACACUGCCCAGUCAGUUGGUGGACAGUAUGGAACUGGACAGUGACAAACUUACUUGGGGUGUGCUUGUUUUCUUAACGUAGGUUUUUCUGUACGCCUUCAGUAGAUAGCUGCAUCUGCUUUUACUGUGCCACUUGGAUGUAGGGAGAAACAACUUCAACUAUUGAUUUCACACUUUUUUAUGCAAGCUGAACAUGAAAAUAGUCUCCUACACCGAUCUCCUGCAUUAGCUUCUGAUAGAAAAUAGAUGGUGAAACAGUUCAGUAAUAUAGGGAGGAGCUUGACCAUGUAGAGCCCUGAAGGUUCUAGUCAGGAUUCUAAAAUGAAGUCUAAAGUUAACGGGUAACCAGUGCAGAGACACCAGAAUAGGAGUGAUGUGUGCUCUUCUGUUUGCUCCAGUUAGGAGCCUUUCUGCAGAGUUCUAGACCGACUGAAGGCAGUCGAGGGCUUUUUUGUUAAAAAAUGUGGUGUGUGUUACAGUAAUCUAGACGGGAGGAGAUAAAAGCAUGGAGAACCAA